AUUUCGUUGCCUUGCUAUAAAAUUAAGUAUUUUUAAAAAAAAGAAUACAGAAGUUUUAUUAAAAAAAAUACUAAUGAGCAAAGAUUAGAGGUCAAGUAAAUGUAAAGCAAGUAAAUUGGUUUAUUAGAAAUGUCAAGCAUAUGAUAAACACAUGCUAAUUUUCGGAGGUAAAUUAUUUCCAAAAAAAUGAAUUAUAUUACAUCAUUUAAGGAAUAAAGAAACAUCUGAUAUUUUGCCAUCUCUACAAAACAUUUUAAAUUGGAUCUGUCACAGCUAUCGUUUUUCAUGUUUUCUGAAAAAUAAAAUAAGAAAGCAAUUUUCGGAAAGCAAUUGAUUUUUUGAAUCAAUCACUUACGGAAUUAAUUUCGCUACCUACCUUUGAAUGUCAAAAUGUAUCGUACUGCAAUAUUCUAUUAGCAGGUGGUAAAUGUAUAUAUAAUCAAAGAAAAUCUCACAGACCUUUACACUGAACUUUUUUCUAAAGAUUGUUAUUGAAUAAGCAGAUCAUUUAUUUCAGGUCAUUUAAAAUGCCAGCAGAUAAUUUGACUAUCACCUCUUACCGAACGAAAAGAGAAACUGAUGAUGAGGAAUACGAAAAAGCUUUAGAGGAAAAUGAAGAAAAGAAAAAAUUUUGUAAAAAACUUGAAUAUGCUUCGAAGGUUACAGGUUUAGUCGGUGAUCUUUUGGGAGACCUCCCUGAUCCAACGAAAGUGUCCUCUGGAUUGGCUAUGACAACUCACCUUGUGCAAGCAGGGUUUGAAAUUACGUCAACAGCUCUCGAAUGUGAUGAUGUCAAUUUUGAUGAAAUUAAAUUAAUCAUGGCGAAACGAUUUAGUGACAUCGAUAAAAAAAUUGAUGCACAAACGGAAGCAUUGGAAGAAGUUUCUCGCAAGGUAAGUGAAACGCUAAUUAAGAUUGACAGCUUACAAAGCCAGAUGCAUCGUGGGUUUAAGAUUGUAAUUGAUACCAUAGAAAAUACAAAAACACAAGAGAUUAUAACUAAAAUAAAUACGUCUGCUAAGUACUUUGAAGAAACCAGAGAAAGUCUAAAUAAAAAGCAUAAAAAGGAAUAUAUCGAUGAACUAAGCAGCAAGAACAGUGUGCUGCAUACAUUAGAAAGUUACUCAGACCCAGUAGACAGUUUGUAUUCAGCUUUAAGUGAGCUGAUAAAUAAUAGAAACAACUAUGCAAUUCCUCAAAACGCGGAAGACAACAAAGCUUUUCAAGCAUUGUUUGCUUUGUUUUAUGGUACUCAGACAUAUUUUUUGGUAAAAGUUUUUCUCAUGAAACAACACGCUUAUAUUGCAAACUACAAUUACGAAAUAGGAAAUUUCGAUACAUUUAACAAGCAGUACGGGCUCAUUAAGUCUCUGAGUACAAAGUUCAAAAGUUCACUUCUAUCUAAUGCAGUUAGAAUAAUACAACAGGUUAAGAACAAGAAUUUCAUGAGUGAAGUAAAAAAUGAAUGGUACAAGGAUAUUUCUGAAAAUAUUUUGAUCGAUUUGAAAAAUGAUAUUGAGGCGAUUGACUUAAACUUGAUGGAUGAUGUUCAUAGGAUAGUUGAAGUAAAAGACGUGGAUUUUUCAGCACCUGAAAUUACCUCACAGUAUGGUGACUGGAAAGAUAAAAGAGAAGUUAGCUACGCUGUGCAGUUAAGAAAUAAAAAUAAGUUUUCUACAUUUAGUAGUUGGUCAAAACCAGAAGCAAUUGGAAAUAAAGCUAAUCCAACGAUUACAGUUGAACAAGACAACGAUGGCAGAGAGAGGUUAAUAUUCCGAAAAUUCGAUAAAGGUUCUACUCAAUUUGUUGGCGUUGUAAAGAAAACAGAAACAAAAUUUAGAGACAUUGACAGGGAUCUUUAUAAUGCUGCUGGAAGAGGAAAUCAAGACUUAGCUUACAACGAAACUCAACUACUCAUUGGAAAAGGAGCUGAUAUUGAUGCAGUUUUUGAACAAGGACGAACUAUGAUACACGCUGCCGCUUUAAAAGGUAACAGCAAAGUAGCAAGGGAUUUUUUCUUCGGCAAUAUUGACGUUAAUAGUAAAGACAGAAAAGGACAUACUCCCCUGCAUAUAGCAGCUGAGUCGGAUCAAAAAGAAUUCAUUCAAGAGCUAAUUAAUCAGAGUGCAGACGUAAACGCACAAACUAAAACGAAUCAGUUUACACCUUUACAUAUUGCUGCAAGGAGCGGUUUUUUAGAAACGGUUAGAGAAUUGAUGAAAAGUCCUAUAAUAUCAGUGAAUACUGAGGACAAAUUUGGAUUUACAGCUCUGCAUCAUGCAACUCACAAGAAAGGUAAUGCUAAAAUCGUAAGAGAAUUGUUUACUAACAAUGACACAAACAUCAGCGCAAAAACGAAAUUAGGCUUGACACCUCUACAUUUAGCUUCUAUAAAUGGAUUUCCUAGUAUAGUAGACGCUUUACUGAAAACCUCUAAGCUUCAAGAUAUUAAUGAAACAAACGAAGAUGGUAUGACAGCGCUUCAUUUUGCUGCUCUGUAUGGAAAAUACUUCGUCGUAAAAAAACUUCUUUCAAAAGCAAACAUCGGAAUAAAUAACGUGACCAUCAGAAAUCAAUGGACUCCACUUCAUUUUGCAAUCUAUUUCAAAAAUGAAAAUGUAGCUUCCCAAUUACUGAGUGACGAAAGAACGCAAUUCAAUUUAGCUGGAGGAAACGGCGUCACUCCUUUGCACCUUGCAAUUGCUGCUGGACAAUUGCGAACAGCUGAGAAUUUGAUAAAAAAGGGGGCGGACAAAGAGGCAAAAAUAGAAGAUGACGGAUCCACUGCUUUACACUUAUCUAUGAAGCGUAGCGAGGCAGACGCAUUAGUCUUUUUAAUCCAGUAUGAGGUGAAUUUAAAUGCUCAAUCAAACGAUGGCACAACUGCUUUGCAUUUAGCUUGCAAAUAUCGUAAACUGAAUUUUCUUAGCUUCUUACUCGAUGCAGAUGUAAACGUCAAAAUCGUUGACAAUAAUGGUAUUUUGGCUAUUCAAACUGCAAUUGAUAACAUGGAUACAAAUUUCGUGAAGGCGAUAGUGGAAAAAAACCCAAGCAUUGUCGAUCCUUCAACGAAAGAAGGGGUUUAUCUUCUCCAAUUGAUACAUGAAAAAAUUUUCAGGGUUAUGUAUCAAUACAUUAAGAACAAAAGUUCCCCGGAGAAUGAAAAAAAAUAUUAUGGUUUAGAACCUCUCGAAGUUUUCAAACAAAUGGGAGUGAAUGAGCUUUGCAACAUUGUAUUAAAUCCUAAUAAUGAUCCAAAUGAAAACAAUGAUAAUUAUGAACGUUUUGUGAAGAGUCUUUACGAUACUGUUAUCCUACCGUGCAUUGAGAAAGAAAAAGAAAAUACUCCAUGCCCCUAUAGUGCCCCGUUAUCUUCCCGUUUUUCACGCAACAUUAAAUUUGAUGUCAAGCAGGAAUACAUAGAACAAGUACAACCAUUUUCUAAAAUUAUCCCACAAGCUAAAGUCCCGAACCGAGAAGAUUUAAACUCAUUUUCUCUUGGGCCAUCGAUGGACAGAAAUUCUUUUUCCAAUUCGGCUAAAUUUUAUCUUCAAAAUUUUAAUACCAAUAAUGUAUUAGUAUUGUUGGAUCUAGUUAUACGAAAAUUUAAAAAGGAAAAGUACUCUUUUUCUUCGGAGCUUGCAAACUCUAGUUCAAAAUCUCGUGCUCUAGCAUUAAAUAUCACUGAAAAAUUUGAGAAGUUUAUAGACACAUUGGGGAAAAUUCCCACUGAAGAACGAAUGAAUUUGGCAGAAAUAAGUUCGAAAAUUUAUAAAUCACUGGAGAGGGAAAACGAUAGCAAAAUUGUGGAAAUUUUAUGCUCUUAUGUGGAAGAAUAUUUGAAGGCUGGGGAAAUAACUAAUAUCAUUUCAGCAUUACCACCUGACACUUCAAACUUUCAAAAAGAAUCUCUUAAAAACGCGCUUCAUAAUUUAACAACUUCUUGCAUCGCAGAUCAAGUUUAAGCUUUUGCAAUUAGAAGGAUUUCCAGUUUUUAUAAGCUUUUUUCUAUCUGAUAGAAUUAUUUUUCAUGUAAUUCUUUAAGUUACAGCUUUUAAAAAUUUUUGUUUCUUCUGAAUUUUGAGGUUGUGGUAUAUAAUCUAUAGUUUAAAACUUUAUCUUUCAUUUACUAUACAGAAAAGUUUUAAUUAGAGACAGUUACUUAUUUUUUACUUUAAAAUUUGCUGUUCAUUCCUUAAACAUUAUUUAUCUUACGUUUGGUGUAAUGGUUAAAGAUUCUUUCAUUUCACUAAUUGUUACCUUUUCAUCGUAUUAAAAUGAAAUAUAAGAAUAUAUAUAUAUAUACUGAAAAGGAAAAAGUUUGUUUAAAUACUUAAAUGUUUCAGUUAUUAUUUUUUGUUUUGUUUUAAUGGAUUAGUUAAAGUUCGGCAUCUGAAGAUGGGAACAUGUGUUAGCAUUUUAAGGUGGAGGUGUAUGUAGAAAUAUACAUAAAGAUUCAAUUUUUUUAAAAUAAAAUUCAAUGUUUAAAUGCUUAAGAAUAGUAAAUUCUUUUCAAGGUUAUAAUUCAGCAUAAUAUAUUGUAGCUAUUAUUGACCAAUUCAAAUUAUAGCCCCUUGUAGCUAUUAUUUGACUAUUAUUUUUCUCAUUUUAAUUUCAGUUGAUAUUAUUUAAAUAUUCAGCAGUAGUUUCAAAUUACAUAUUUGUUCUAAUAUCCAACAAAAUAAAAAAUAUUUUUAAUUUUAUUUAAAAAAAAAAACACUUUGAAAUAAAAGUAGAUGCAAAUUUAAAUUUUGAAAAUCAG